UUCCGGCGCGACGCCGCGCGGCCUCCUGGGAGCUGUAGUCCGCGGGCGGCGCGGCCAUGGCGGAGGAGGGCGAGCGGAAGGCCGCGCUGGAGGUGGUCCAGGCAGAUGGGACAGAUGGAAACUGUGUCACGUUUGUGUUGCAUGAUGAGGAUCACACGCUUGGCAACUCCCUGCGGUAUAUGGUCAUGAAGAACCCAGAUGUGGAGUUCUGUGGCUACUGCAUCACUCACCCCUCUGAAAGCAAGAUUAACUUCAGGAUCCAGACCAGGGGGGCCCUUCCUGCCGUUGAGCCAUUCCGAAAAGGGCUGAAUGAUCUGAUGGGCGUUUGCCAACAUGUGCUCAACACUUUUGAGAGGAGCAUGAGGGAAUACAGGGCCCAGAAGGAGGAAGAGAUGCAGUAGCAUCUGGAGAUGGCAGUCCCCAGUGGCUAGUGUGUGUUGUGUGUGUGUGAUUCCCCAUGUCAAGAGUUUUUUUUUUUUUUAUCAUUUUUCUUAUGACCACUUUGAAGCAAACCUUUAUUUCUUCUAAUAAAGUUUAUGAAGUAUGA